AUGACUUCCACGGCAGCCGGCUCGCCUAGAAAGGUGAAGGACAUGGUCACCUACUUUGAGAAGAACAGAGAUCAUCCCGUCAAAACAACACGCAGCCGUAAGAGGUCAUCUGUGGUGGCCAUGAUGAGCCUCACCAGGCGCCCGUGGGAGCACUUUCCCCGGCGCAAGUCAUCAGCCUCCACCAACCCCCGGCGGAGAUCAUCAACAUCAACCAGAUCUAACAGCACGACAUACGACCCUGCGGAGGAGUACAUCUCCGAGCCGGGUUACGCAGCCUCAGAGCGCUCCGGGACAUCGACUGUCGUGUCUGAGGGCAGGCGGCCGUCAGAGAACCCAGAUUACGACUGGGAGCAUGACUCGAUCGCGGACCUGAAGGCGAGCCUCAGGAAGCUCGACCUGUCCCCGGCGGCCAAUGGCCCAGUGGUCCUCAAGGGGGGCGAGACUGCAGAUGAGAUUCAUGUCGUUGACCCUUCCGAGAUUGAGCAGGGCAAAAGUCCCACCAACGGGGUGCCUGGGGUACAUGAGAUUGAUUUCGUGGACCCAUCGGCGCCUCGGACCGCCGAGGCUGAGCCAAAAUUGGAACCGACGAGGGAGAAUGUCCCGGCUCUCAAUAAUGAGCCAGCAGACCACGCCGAGGCCAGCACCUCAGACUCAUCCAAACCCGUCACCGACGAAGACGAGCCUGCGAACAGAUCUGCAGUAGCCGAGUCAAAAGCGUGGGAGGCCGCAGACAGCUCACAGCAAUUCGUCGAGGCCAACAUCCAAGCUCGCACGUCCUCGGCUAAAGGACCUGGCAAGGCCGGACUUUUGCGUGUGAAGACGUCCCACUUCGAGACUGACCGCAACAAAACCAUCGACACAAAAUCACCCAACUCGCCAAAAUCACCAAAAUCACCAAACACGCCGUCGCCAAAGUCAAAGGCCCGCCCAAAGCUGGCCGUAGACCUCCCAGGCAUCCCGGAGUCAGAAGCCGAGACGCUGGGGCGGCACCACAUGCACCACCGCCGGCCCUCCCUGAGCAUGAUCCAGCCGCUCCCGUCCCAGCAGCGGCCAGGGCAGCACAUACAACAGGCGGUACACGUCAACAGGGCCUCGCGCCCGCCCGUCAGCAUGGCGAGCCGGUACCCGCCGGUGCGGAGCAUCUCGGCCCCCCUACCGGGGCAGCAGGAGCCGGGCGAGGUGUACGGCGCGCCGGGGGAGAUGAUGCAGCUCGUCAGCCAGCGGCAGGUCAAGUUCAACGACAUGCGCGAGGAGAGGCUGCGGCGGCUCAGCGGCAUCAGCAGCGCCGCGGGCGCCUCGCGGCCGGGGAGCCUCAUGGGCCGGCGGCAUGCUUCUGCGCCCGUGAGCCCGUCCAUGGCGGCGGCGGGCGGUGGUAAUACCCGCAAGAGACACAUGCAGCAGCGCCGGCGGUCUGGGCCGGCGAGGCCUUCAUUUUCUGUGGGCCAUCAGAGGCGGUCGGUCUCGCAGGUUAUUAAGGAGUAUUUCCGGGCGCCGAGGAGGAGGCCUAGCUGGUUGAUGGUGCGGAGUCGGAGUAAGACGAGGUAG